UACUGUUGAUUUAACAUCCUCUCUCUCAGGAACUUAUUAUUAUAUUUUUUGUGAUGGAAACAGAUGCCCAUACUACCGAUAUUAUGGAAUCACGAUCAGAAUCUCCAGAGGCCGUGAAACUUCUACUACAGACUAAACAACAUUUAUCCCCAAAAGCCAACGCAUUCUCCAUUGCUGCUAUAUUAGGAGAGGAUACCAAACGGCCAUCGGAGUCCCCCUCUCCCCCGAGGGUUCUCGCUACACCUCCUCAAGCAGACACACCUCCAGGUGAGGUGUGUUCCCCAGGGGAGGAUGAGGGAAGCCGCUCUUGUGGGGCAUGUGGUCUGUCCCCUAAGGCACCAGAAGAUGUGCCUUAUACAGGGGAUCUCCCUAACAUCAAGUGUAAACUGGAAACCAAAGAAUUGUGGGAGAAAUUCCAUGAACUUGGAACCGAAAUGAUCAUCACAAAAACUGGAAGGCGUAUGUUCCCCACUCUGAGGGUGUCCAUGGCAGGUCUUGAACCGGAAGCUCAAUACGUGGUCUUGAUGGACAUUGUCCCGAUGGACAACAAACGCUACAGAUACGCCUAUCAUCGGUCAUCUUGGCUCGUGGCUGGAAAAGCUGACCCGCCUCUCCCUACAAGGUUCUCUGUUCAUCCUGAUGGUCCAUUCACUGGUCAACAACUCAUGAAACAGACCUUGUCUUUUGAAAAAAUAAAAUUGACGAAUAAUAUGCUCGACAAAAAUGGACAGAUGAUCCUGAACUCGAUGCACAAAUACCAGCCAAGAAUCCACAUUGUAAAGAAGAAAGCCACUACGCCUAAUACAAUCACAAACCUAGAAGGAGAGGAGUACCGAACGUUCGUCUACCCGGAAACCGUGUUCAUUGCAGUAACUGCCUACCAAAAUCAGUUGAUAACCAAACUGAAAAUUGACAGCAAUCCGUUCGCGAAAGGAUUCCGAGAUUCCAGUCGUCUUACAGAUGUUGAAAGGGAGACUAUGGAGAGUCUGAUGCAGAGUCAUAACUACAUACGAUCACCCUUACCCAUGUCAGGAUCAGAAGAGAAUUAUAAAUACAGAGAGGCAAUGCUAGCCAGAGAAUCAGCUUUUCCGAUGGGAUUAUUACAAAGUGCCGGUGCUAUUCAAUCAAUGUUUCCCGCCGGAUUUUCUCCAUAUGCUGGAAUGAUGUCACUUCCGCAAAACGCCUCCGCCGAGCAGGCUUUACUGUUACGGAAUCAUUUGUAUAAGACAACAUUACAGAGCUCGCCGACCAUGCCCAGUGUACACCCUAGUCAAUACUACAGAUAUCACCCUUACACGAACUUUGCCAAGUCUAGACAUAGUGACUCUGUCUUAUGAACCUACUGUGAUUCACUCCAUCAUUUUAACCAUUUAUAUUGAAAUCGUCUUUCAUCAAUGAACAUUGAAUCUUGCCUAUCA